CGGCUGACGUAAGCCUAUUUGCGCGCGAUGGCUUUUCGAACUGUUAUUUCGUGUAAAAUACCAAUGGUAGUAAUUUUAGGUGCUACAGGAACUGGUAAAACUAAGUUAAGUCUAGAGCUAGCCCAGAGAUUUGGAACCGAAAUCAUCAGUGCCGACUCAAUGCAAAUAUACAAGGGACUGGAUAUUGUUACAGCAAAAGCAACCCUUCAGGAACGGCAGCUGGUUCCGCAUCAUCUUUUGGAUAUACUAGAACCACAUCAGAACUUCACUGUUGUGGAUUUCAGAAAUAGAGCAUUGAAAAUUAUAGAUGAUUUAACUAAGGAAAAUAAAGUACCAAUAAUAGUAGGUGGUACAAACUAUUAUAUAGAAUCCAUUAUUUACAAAAUCCUAGUGGAGGACAUGAAUGAUACCAAUGCGUUGCUAUGGGAUCAAAGUAAAAGGAAAAGAGAUACCGUAGAUGAAGAGACUGAAACUAAUAAAAAACAAGCUAUAGAACCUAAAGGUUCAAACAACACUCCGGAAUCUAAAGAUAUAAAAAAAGAUUUGGAAGUGAACAGGGAUAAAAUUAAAGAAGAUGUUGAUAACGAAGCAAAACUGUCAAAUGAGGAAAUCCAUGCAAGAUUGAAAGCCAUAGAUCCGAAGAUGGCAGCUCGUCUACAUCCGAACAACAGGCGGAAAGUGUUAAGGUCAAUCGAAGUCUGGCUGAAGUCGGGGAGGCUUCACAGCGAAGUUCUGGAGGAACAGAAACUGAGUGAAGGCCAGUUGAGACGACCAGGGUCUACUAUCAUACUAUGGCUCAAGUGUGAACAGAAAGUACACGACGAGCGACUAGACGCCAGAGUUGAUUCAAUGCUGGAAGAAGGCUUGGUCCAGGAGCUUUUGAACUUUCACGAGUCCCACAACAAACAAAGAAUGAAAGAUGGACACCCCCCAGACUACACGAAAGGCGUUUAUCAAACAUUGGGUUUUAAAGAAUUUCAUGAUUACUUAAUACUUCCGGAAAAUGGCAAAAAUAGUGACGAAGGAAGGAAACUACUGCAGCAUAGUAUAGAAAGUAUGAAGAUUGGUACUAGGAGAUAUGCUAGACGCCAGAAUAAAAUGGUUCGGGGUAGAUUUUUAGAAAUACCACGACGAGAGGUCCCACCCAUUUAUGAACUGGAUACAACUGACCUGACCAAAUGGAAUGAAAAUGUAAAGAACAAAGCUAUUCAUAUCAUAGAAAGCUAUUUAAAUGAAUCUGUCUGUAAUAUUGAGCCAUUGAAACCUCAACAGCAUGAUGAGAAAGUAAAAAUUGAUGGACAUUCUUGUAAUUAUUGUGAGGUGUGUGAAAGAUUAAUUAUUGGUGACAAGGAGUAUUCCAUACAUUUAGCUUCCAAUAGACAUAAGAAAGUACUCAAGAAAAAAAUUCAAAUAGCUGAAAAAAAAUUAGAUGAAAAUUCUCAAUAAUAAUCAAUAUCAAUCAGUAAACAUUG